AUGAUAAGGGCGGCGUCUCCGCGGCCUCCGUCCGCCGUGCGGCUACGCAGCCGCGGCGCCUCCUCCUCCUCCUCCGCGUGCCCCUUCAGGGCCAGGGGGUCCGGAAGUAGGGUCGCGGCGACAAGUGGGAGGAGGUGGAGGAACGUUAUCUCCUGCUGCUCGUCUGACGACCGGGAGGGGGCCCGCGGCGCGGCGCCUCUGGCUCCUUCCGACGGAUCGAUACAGCUCUACUCCCAGAUCGAGAAGGUGAUCACGGAGGCGGCAAAGCAGUCCAACCAGGGCUGGAGUUCCACCGGAGAUUGGACCGAAAUCGAGGGGGCGUGGGUGUUGAGGCCCAAGUCCUCGGCACCCUCGUUUGUCGUUCAUUUUAUUGGUGGGAUUUUCGUCGGGGCCGCGCCGCAGGUCACGUACCGCUACUUCCUUGAGCGUCUCGCAGACAAGGGAGCUUUGGUGAUCGCUACACCAUAUGCUAGUGGCUUUGAUCAUUUCUUCAUCGCAGACCAAGUUCAAUUUAAAUUUGACAGGUGCUUGAGAAACUUGGUAGAACCUGUGAAUGACCUUCCCACAUUUGGUGUUGGGCACUCGUUGGGAUCUGUCAUCCAUCUUCUGAUUGGAUCAAGAUAUGCUGUGCAGCGAAGUGGAAACAUACUGAUGUCAUUCAAUAACAAGGAGGCAAGCCUGGCGAUUCCAUUAUUUUCACCUGUAAUCGUUCCCAUGGCACAGAGUUUUGGCCCAAUAUUAUCCCAGCUGACAUCAUCUCCAACAAUCCGUUUUGGGGCUGAAGCGGCUAUUAAGCAAAUUGAGAAUCUAGGCCCUCCUGUUGUUAAGCAACUUCUUCCCUUGAUUCAACAACUUCCUCCACUGUAUAUGGACUUGGUAAAGGGCCGAGAAGACUUCAUCCCAAAACCAGAGGAGACACGCCGGCUGAUAAAAUCCUACUACGGAAUAUCUCGAAAUCUCCUAGUAAAGUUCGAAGAUGAUCAAAUUGAUGAAACCUCUAUCAUUGCACAAGUGCUAAGCUCAGAAUCUGCCAUUAGCUCACUGCUUGAUAUGUCGAUUCGCUCACUUCCUGGGGAUCAUGGCCUUCCAUUGCAACAGGUACUUCCUGACGUUCCACCAGGAAUGGCUGAUGCAGUAAGCCGUGGAGGUGAACUCCUGGCAAAUCUCACAACAGGCACACCAUGGGAGGCUGUUGCUAAGGAGGUAGGUACCACUUUUGGCACUGACUCUGGCGUUCGGCGAACACAGGCCCCUGAGGAUGUCAAUGCACUUGUGGAUGUAAUUGUUUCAUGGAUAGCUUCAAAUUCUGGCCCAAAACUACUUCGUUCAUGA